GGAAGUGGGACAGUGUCACCAAAAUCAGGAAACUAAGUGUUGCUAUAAAUACAACAGAGUAUAUUGCUAGUGCUGGUGAAAGCUUAGUUGCAGCUGAAGACAAAAGGAACGUCAGUAGAUUUGAGAAACUAAAAAGGACAUGGGCAAAUGACGCUCUUUAUGGGGUGAUUUUUCUGAGUCUUCACAACUAUGGAUGAACCUGCUUCAAGUAUUAAAUCAGCAAAGUCUGAAUCCCUCUCAGUAUACGAGCUGGUAAUUCUGCACACACCUGAGGCACAGGAAUGGGCGACAUAUUUGCAACUGAUCUUAAAAUCUUCUCAGAACCUCCACAAAAGCUCGGUUCUGCUCCAUGCAAUAGGCCCAGCUGAUCAGCUCCAUGAAAAUGACUCUGAUCGCUUCCAAAACUGCAAGUGCAUUGUGUUGCUUCUCACUGGAGCGUUCCUAGAUAUCCUCUGUGACAUAGAACUGCAGGAAGCACUUCACAGACUCCUCUAUCCACCACACAGAGUGGUGGUGCUGCUGUGUGGCGUCUCAGAGGAUGACAUACACACAGAGACUUUCGAAGACUGGCAGAGCUGGAGAAAGCUCUAUGCUGAUGAAGAACCAUCUAUCUAUAUUGCCACCAUUUUGGAGUCCAUCACUGACAGCAGACAAGUUGAGGCCAAACAUGAGAACGAAGCUGUGGCCGAAGUGGAGUUGCACACCACAGCAGCCUCUACAACUGUAAAUCCCACCAUUUAUGAAGCAGAGGAAGUGGUGUCUGAUGAGCAAAGGGAAACUGUCUUACAGGAUAAAGAGGAAAAAGCAGCUGUGAGCACAGGGAAUUCAUCAAGCAUGGAAAUGAGUUCACCCACACACCUCACCUGUCUCACAGUUCAGCCUAACAGAGUUCUCUGUGGGGAACGCGAGACACUUUUUAUCAUUUUCACGCACAAAAUAGAUCAUCAGUCAGUGCUAGAGGUGGAGUUUUCAUCUGAAAGUGUAGCUGCAAAAAGGGUCCCAGGCACUGUGGAGAAUGAAUACACAAUAUGCGUUUCUGCACCUGAUAUGCCUGCUGGACUGGUAUCGCUCACCAUGUAUUGUGAUCAGUUGUGUGUCAGCUUGACACCUGUGACAUAUUACACCAGUAUGGGGGAAGUCAGUCGGUAUCUUGAAAAUGCUAGUGAUCCUGUUAACUUCAUCUGCCAGGCCUUCAACUUGGCAUCCAAUGCAACAGAAUUAGUGGACAACAUGCUAACUGACUCAUUAAAAUCCAAAAUACCUGCCUCUAGUCUUCAGCUGUUUGGAAUCAGACAGAUUGAAGAAGACAAUAUGGCAGCAUAUCAGCGUAAUGAGGAGCUUCCCACGCUCCUCCACUUUGCUGCUAAGUACGGGCUGAAGAAGCUGACCACUGUUCUCCUUCAGUGUCCUGGGGCUCUGCAGGCCUACAGUGUGAUGAACAAGUAUGGAGACUACCCAAACACGCUGGCAGAGAAGAGUGGCUUCUCUGAUCUCAGACAGUUCAUGGAUGAAUUUGUUGAGACAGCAGACAUGCUCAAGUCUCACAUUGAAGACACCAUCAAAACAGAGGAGGGUGCAGAGGUGUAUGAACCUAUGUCAAAUGCCUCUGAGGAUAUCAUGAUGAAGUACUCAGGUUGCUCAGAGGACAUAUAUGAGUCAAUGCUGGGGAUCAACCCUGAAUGUGCAGAAGACCUAUAUGAAAUGAUGAAUGCAGUAGAAGAGAACCCCGAGGAUGCUAUGCUUAGGAUAUUUUUCAAAGGAAAAACUCACCACAAUACAGUCCAGGACAGCAAUGAGCCCCUUAAAAGUAAGGAAGAGGAAAAAGAAGGUCAGACUGAAGUGGAUCAAACUGAAGAAGAGGAGGAUCCAUACAAUCUUUUUCCAGAGGAGAUCUAUGAUACUGUGGAUGAAGACAGUACCUACAAGCUGGCAAUUGUAAACCGUCCACCAGCCCCUAUCCCGAGACCUCAGGCCAGGCCUGAAUCUGAAAAACCCAUGCCCUACAUCUCUAGAGUAUUUUCAGAUAAAGGUACAUCCCAGGAUAAAAAUAUGACGAUAGGAUGUCCUGCAGUUUGGCCUGCGACAGAUGCCCCAACACCUAUUUAUGACCCCUAUGCUGGGAUGAAGACCCCUGGGCAGAGACAGCUCAUAUCCCUGCAGGAGAGAGUGAAAGUGGGGGAAAUCACUGUGGAUGAGGCUGUCCAGGAGUUCAAGGCUUGGCAGUUUGACCAUGAGAGGAGGGCAAGCUCCAUACGCUAUCAGCAGGAAAAUCUGAAGAGAUUACGAGACAGCAUCACCAGGCGUCACAAAGAGAGAGAAAAGACAGGAAAGGAGCUGGAUUAUGAGAUAAGCGCUCCUCUGCAAAACAGCCUUUACACAAGCUCCAGGAUUACAUUAGAGUGUGCUGUUUAUGACUCGACGUCCAAGUCGGUAGCUCUGCCACCCCCUCCAGUACCUCAGAGUAUUCAGAGAGGCAACUGGAAGACAGGUAGCACGUCCAGCACAUCGAGUACUGAGAGCAACAGACUGAGCACUCACAGCACCUUCAGCUACAGCAGCGGGACAGAGCCUGAGUUUGAGGAUGCAAUGGAAAAUCUCCCUCCUCCACCGCGACCUCCUCGGCCAGCUGACGCUGUACCUCUACUUCCUCCACGCAGGGUUCCUCCACGAAUCCCAGAAAGGGUGCCAGAGAAGAUGCUGCAUGAGCGCUACAUAUCCUGCCCUACUCGAGCGCUGCCUCAAAGACCCGCUUACAGACAGACCGACUCUCCACCUCCCAUACCUCGCCGCCCGCGGUGAUUGACACACAUCUACUUGUGCCGAGUUUAAUCUCUAGUCAUGAGUUAUUUAUCUGAAAAACGGGAGAAUGAGUUGGAAAGACAGUGUGUUCUUCUGUAUACAACCAGCAGUUAAUAAAGUGAAACCAGACAGAGAAUACUCUUUAUUUUGUUUGUUUUUGUUUUGUUUGAUUAUUUUUAUGAAUCAGUUUACCUAACAGAGUAAUCCAUGAUAUUUCAGUGUGUGUGGCUGGGUUUGCGUUUCUAUGCGUGAGUGAGUCUGUGAUAUUCAUUAUACAUGUUGUGCUGUGUUGUUCAUUGUAAGAUCUUGUGAUAUUCUACGCCUCUAAGAACAUUCAAAAUAC